AUGGCGUCCAUUACUCGCGUCAACCGAAUCGCGUUUCUCACACGACCACUUCUCCGAGACUCCUGUCGACCGGCUGUCUCACAACAGCACCCACCAUGGCGACAAGUGCGCUGGAGCUCGCAUGCCCCCUCCUCCCCGGCUAUGCUGGCAAGAGGCCAGAAGCCCGUCACGAUCCAAACCCUUCAGAAAAUGUAUGCUGAGGACCAGCCGAUCACGAUGUUGACAGCACAUAAUUUCCCCUCGGCUCUACUGGCGCAAGAAGCUGGAAUGGACAUGAUCCUGGUUGGCGAUUCACUUGCCAUGGUGUCCCUCGGCAUGCAAGACACGUCCGAAGUCACCCUCGACGAGAUGAUUGUGUCCGCCCGCGCCGUCAGUCGAGCGGUAAACCGGUCCUUCACCGUCGGCGAUCUGCCCAUGGGCUCCUACGAACUCAGCCCGGAACAAGCACUAGCGAGCGCCAUUCGAAUGGUCAAAGAAGGGCGCAUGCAGAGUGUUAAACUCGAAGGAGGAGCCGAGAUGGCGCCUGCAAUCAAGAAGAUCACAACCGCCGGGAUCCCCUUGUGUGCACACAUCGGGCUCACCCCACAACGCCAGCAUGCCCUUGGGGGCUUUCGUGUACAAGGAAAUACUCUGGAUAAAGCAAUGUCCCUGCUCAGUGAUGCCAAAGCUGUGGAGGACGCAGGAGCUUUCAUGGUCGUGUUGGAAUGUGUGCCGCCCGAUAUUGCCGAAGAAGUUACUAAGGCCCUCAGAAUACCUACCAUUGGUAUUGGUGCAGGCAACAAAACAAGUGGUCAGGUUCUGGUGCAGAUCGACAUGCUUGGUGUUCGUCCGCCUGACAGCUUCAUGCCUAAAUUUGUCAAAAAGUAUGGUUCGAUAUGGGAAGCUGGGCUGAGUGCCAUCAAGCAGUACAAGGAUGAGGUCGGUGAUCGAAGCUAUCCAGGACCGUCGCAUGUGUACAAGAGUGACGCAAAGGUUACGGAGGCAUUCAAGGUGGCCAUUAAAUCUGCAGAGACGCAGAAGGCUUGA